AUGAUCCGAAAGAAGUAAAACUUAAUAAAUAAGGCUACUGACCAGAAGCGUAGGGACUAUCUCAAUGAGAAAAGACUGAAUGAAAACAUUAGAGACAAAAAUGUUUCAGCAAAACAGUACUUGAUUCGAAAGGAAUUAAAAAAGGAAAUGACUUUGUUAAUGGAUAAAAAUUAUUCAGAUAAUGACAGUUCCGAUUCAGAUAUGUCCUAUGAGGAAUUUAAGGAUAUUAUGAUGGAUGAUCCCACCCGCUUAUUCUAUCCUGAUGACAUUCAAAAUAAAUAGUAGUAUAGGAAAUAACUUCAAUAUAUGUUGGAGGAUUACAAUCAACUCAAUAUGUUCAGACAUAUAUUUCCUUCUGGGUAAAGUAACGAGUAUCAUCUUCUAAAAUUAGACCUAAUGUUUGAUAACUCUUUUUGGGACCGAGAAUUAUUUGGACUUAAUAGAAAAGACAAUAAGGAUAUGUAUGAUGUAAUAAAGUUACUGAGAUUCCCAAUUUUUUGGAUGACAUCAAAGCUUUAUGGAGAGAACUCAGCAGGACUAUUUAAUAUUUAUGAGCCGAAUUCUAUAUAUCAACAUGUAUUUGCCAAUAGCUGGACUACUGUUCUAGUCCUCAUAACCUUAAUGGUAAUGUUUGUCUUCAGAAGUUAAUUAAAGUAUAAAACUUACUUCAAUAUCAAAGAUAAGGAAUAACUAGUACUCAUUUAGAUAGGUGCAUGCUUGUUCUUUGCUGGUUUCUCAAUAAUGUUGAUAGAUAUGAGAUCUGAUAUAUCAGUCAUAGAUCUAUUUGGAUUUUUCUUAUCAAUAGUUGGGUAUCUCUUUUAUUAUUUAGGCAUAGAUGAGCAAUUCUACCUCAAAGAUGCUUAAUCUGCAAUUUAAUCAAUUAAAGCUAAUUUCGAUUAUGUUAAUUCUAAAGAGCUGGAAGAGGUAGACUUGAAAUUAUUAUAGAUAUAUAGUAUUCUGGGAUUAAAGGGGCUCUAUAGAGUUAUUUUCGAUACUGCUUUAGCUUAGAAUAAAAGAUAACUUUACCAUACUAGUGAUCCAGUCCUCGAACAAAGAAGCUAGUUCGAUGUUUAUUUUGAUAGUAGGCGAGCUGUUUGGGGCGGCUCUUAUCCAAGACCUUCAGUUGAAAUGAUUGAAAAAGCUUGGAAGUUAAACAUGAAGCAAUUGUAAAAAGGUUAGUGCGGAGUAAGAAUUGAUUUAGAUCCUGAAAUAGACUAUGCUACAUACCCUGAAGCACUUCACAAAUGGGAAGUGAUUAAAUAAUGGAGAUAAGAAGAAGAGAAUAAAGAGCUCGAAUAUAAGAUCUAAGAUACGUUCAAAGAUGUAGUUGAAUUUUCAUCCAUUAGUGACAAGUCAAUUACCAAUAACUUUGAAUUUAAUAAGAAUGAGAGAGAGGAAAAGAAAUCAUCAAUCUUCGAAAAGAAUAACUCCUUGCUAAAUGACGAAGAAAGAAUUAGGCUUAAAAGCAAUUUGAAAAAGCAGAAAAAGAAAUAGAGUAAGAAGGCUAAGACUGAUUCUCUAGAGCCAGAGAGACUAAAUGAUAUUCAGAGAUAGCAGUAUUUUGAUUAGUAAAAGAAAAUGUAAUCUUAGCUUAUGAAAGAGGACAUAGCCAACCAAGUUUAAUAGAGAUUUGUGGAAUUUAAGGGUUCCUAAAGCAAUACUAUGUUGAUUGGAGCUGGCAGUUAAAUCAAUAAUUUCAAGAAUACAUCUCCUUCCAAGAAAGGUCAUUUAUUCAAUCAAUCUAUCUAAGAAUAGCCUUACAAAUCACAAUUUGAAGAGCUAAAAACAAAAUUAGGUUAAGUCGCUGAGGAGUAAGAGGAAAAUGAAGACUUUGAGGAGUUGGACUUUACUAAAAUUAGAGAAAAACGAUCAAAUAAUAUCGAUUGA